GGCGCCGGCGCUGCGGUCACUCCACUCGUGACCGGGGGACCCCACAGGGGACAUGGGGACAGCGGGGUCCCGCUGGCUGCUCAGCCUCGUCCUGCUGGGGGGGCCCGGCCUGGCCGCAGGGGCCCUGGUGGAGCCCGAAAUCUGCUACGUGCUGGACGCCAUCCUCUUCCUCUACAGCCUCAUCCUCACCGGCCUCUACUGCCGCCUCCGGUUCAUGGCUCGGCGAUCCCGGGGAGCUCCUGAGCAGAAGGAAGAGGCCGUGUACGCCGGUCUCAGCGCUGGCAACCAGGAGACGUACGAGACCCUCCAGAUGAAACACUCGUGACCCCCCCCGACCGUCCCCGUCCCCCCAACACCCGAAGACCCCCCCCCUGCCCUCCCCCCUUCCCAGGACUGUCCUGGGAAACUGGAGCGCUUUUUUCCCCCCUGGAAAUGGCUGAUUUGGCCCCAAAUUGCUGCUGCGGGGCUGAGCCCCCCCUGCCACAUCUGGGGGGCUGCCCCCUCUCUUUCCUGUUCCCCUCUCCCCCCAUGGGGUUUCUGUACGGGGAGGGGGGGUGGGAGCUGAGCAAAUAAAUCCCAUUUGGCCCGGG